AUGUCACCAUAUAUUAAACAGUGGAUACAUGAAGCUUUCGUACUUCGAGUCGUCCUCGAUGAAACGGUCGCGCGGAUCAUCGAGAGAUUUCCACAGUUGGUCCGAAGGGAGUAUGACGACAGGGUUAUGGAAAGCGGCUUCAAAGGUUACGCAUGGUCAGCGUUGAGAAUAUUGAGAGCGAUCCAAAUGGAGAGCGACGACGACGACGAAAUACAAACUGCAGGCGAGACAUCGACGGAGAUUGUCCGAUUAAUAUCUCGGUCACUUAAUGCCGCCGGAACGCCCGUCGACGCGGUGCAUAACAGCCCUUGCCAUCGUCUGUGUACUUGUCGACGACACGACGCGCUCGGAUGGCUGGCGUUGAGACUAGGGGAAAAGUUCCGCGUGCCUCUUAUCGACGGGCAGUAUUCAGGUGUGGGACAGUCCGAACCGUGCUUUCUUCAGACUUUUCAUCUGUCACGCGGAAGAGAGUAUGUGGUGAUUCUCGAAUUUGAAAGUGUUUUCAGGAGGGCAGAGAAUGGCGGUUAUAUGAGUUCAGGUCCCAAGAUUGUGGUUGAGCUUGAUGAACCACAGAUGUCAUUGAAGACGGAUAUCGAAUCGAAAGGAAUUUUGAUGUCGGAAGAUGAGUGA